AUGCCAUCCAACGACACUUACGAUGGCGAUGAAAUGCUCUACGAACCAUCUGACCUUAUUGUCACAGUCGUCUUCUCAUGUUACGUCCUCUACACUGCUGCGAUUGUCAUCGGAAUUCCUUGCAAUGCUUUCGUCCUGUAUCGAAUGUGUAGAUUGUCGAGGAAAUGCUCAGAUAUGUACAGGUUGGGGCUUGAACUUACCGGUGUAGGUAGAUGGUAA